UAGAUAAGACGUGGGGAUAAUUAACUGUGUAUUUUAGACAAAAUCCACCCAUUGAAACCCCCCCUGCCCUCAUCUAUUGGCUGCUGGUGGGGGGUGGAGGUGUGUGGCUCAUAAACGUAUGAAGCUUCACCAGGUGUAUAAAAGGUGCUGACAGCUGCUCUCCCCUCAGGGUAACUUGAGGUCUGUCAAGGAUGUGGAUGCUCUUCUUCAUCUUCUUUAGUGCCUUGGUGGGGGCGUUGGGCUCCGAGGAGACGCCCUCGGGGGCUGCCCGGCAGCUCCAGGCCCUUCACUGCCCGCCCUGCGAGAGGAUACACUGCUCCACCCGGCGGGCGCUGAAGCUCCAGUGUCAAGGUGGCGUCACGACGGGCGUCUGCGGCUGCUGCCCUGUCUGCGCCCGGACAGAGGGGGAGACCUGCGGGGGGUCGUGGGACUAUCUGGGCAAGUGUGACGAGGGCCUGGUCUGCGUUUACCAGGACGCGGCUGAUGACAAGCCGGACAAGGAGCGCAGAGGGGUCUGCAGAGCAGUGAUCGAACCAGUGGAUCCAGAGUCCUGUCACCCGGAGUGCACCAGGGAAUACUGUCAGGCCAACCCGUCUGAAAUCUGCUCUGCCAGGUUUGUGUCUCUGCAGAAAGACACGUGCCAGGGCUCUUGCCAGCACACCUCCUGUCCAAGCUGCCUGCUGCUCCGACCCCCAACCUGUCCCCAGACCUGCGCCCCCUCGGACUCCAGCUGUCUACGCCGCUUUGGGAAGUGUGUGCACAAUCACCUGACAGCAGCUCACAGUCCCGUGUGGCACAACGACCUGCAGAGUGAUCCCGCGGGGCAUUUCGUGUGUUUUGUCCCGGCCUGUCGCAACACAACAAGUUAAUUCCUCGUGUAAGGAAGAGAGAAGUCCAAGAGAAAUUCUUCACAAGCUCAUGUAGCACUUUUUUUUCUUUUUUUUUUAAAAGAGGCAGCUAUCUCUAAACUAUGAGUAUCUCAUUUUAUAAGCCGUGUAAACCUGAAUGUAACCAUGUGAAAUGAUGUGUAUUUUACAUAAUGAGAAAUAAAAUUCCAUGUCAUACUGUA